GUAAAGUAUCAGCCGAAAGUCCUGAACGAACCGUGACUCGCCCGAGCUCUAUCUGUUUGCUAGUUUUGGAUGCAUGUCAAAUGCAAAGCAGGUUUAAGCGCUGUCACUUAGUUUUUAUUCAUGCGUUUUUUUUUUUUAAACUUAUUUUAAGGCGUGGUUUCGGAGCCGGCGGGGUUAUAGAAACUGGUGGGGGAAGGGAGAGAAAGAGGAAAGAGAAGGAACAAGGAAGAGGGGAAGUUAAACGUCUUUACUAGGGAACUCAACAUGGCAUCUUGCAUGAGGAGCUUGCUUUCUGACCACAGCAGAUACGUUGAAUCUUUUCGGAGGUUUCUAAAUCAUUCCACGGAACACCAGUGCAUGCAGGAAUUCAUGGACAAGAAGCUGCCAGACAUAAUAGCAAGGAUUGGAGAGGCAAAAGCAGAAAUUAAGAUUCUGAGCAUAGGUGGAGGUGCAGGUGAAAUGGACCUUCAGAUUCUUUCCAAAGUCCAGGCUCGAUACCCGGGAAUCUGCAUAAAAAAUGAAGUUGUUGAGCCAAGUGCUGAACAAAUUGUCAAGUACAAAGAGCUUGUAGCCAAGACAACGAACAUAGAGAACAUAGAAUUUGCUUGGCACAAGGAGACAUCAUCUGAAUAUCAAAAACGUGUGCUGGAAGAAGAGCCUCAAAAGUGGGACUUCAUUCAUAUGAUUCAGAUGCUGUAUUACGUAAAGGACAUCCCAGCUACCCUGAGGUUCUUCCAUGGUCUCUUAGCUGCCAACGCUAAAAUUCUCAUUAUUCUUGUGUCAGGAACCAGUGGCUGGGACAAACUUUGGAGAAAGUAUGGACCCCGCCUACCCAGAGAUGACCUCUGCCAGUAUGUCACAUCCUCUGAUGUUGUCCAGAUCCUGGAUGACCUGGGUAUUAAGUAUGAGUGCCAUGACCUUUUGUCCACCAUGGACAUAACAGACUGUUUUACUGAUGGUAACGAAAAUGGAGACCUGCUUUGGGAUUUUUUGACAGAAACUUGCAACUUUAGCAAAACAGCACCACCAGCUCUCAAAGCAGAAAUUAUGAAAGACCUUCAGGAGCCUGAAUUUAGCGUCAAGAAAGAGGGGAAGGUACUUUUUAACAAUAACCUGAGUUUUAUAGUGGUUGGGGCACAUGCCUAAGUCAUGAGUAUUGAGAGCUUAUAUUUUGAACAAUUGUUGAUUUACUUACAUAUUAAGUAAUAUUAUUUACAUACUGAAAUUAAAAUUAAUCUUAUAAUAAGGGUACAAUAUUAUGUCCUAUAAGUGAAAUCUACAAAUUUCCUAGCCGUUUUUGGGCUUCUUUAAGAAUCAUGUGGGCGGGCUGGAGAGGAGGCUCAGAGGUUAAGAGAACUGGCUGCUCUUCCAGAGGUCCUGAGUUUAGUUCCUAGCAACCACAUGAUGGCUCACAACCAUCUAUAAUAAGAUCCUGUUAGGACCUGCUGCAGGACGUGGCCGGCAUGGCCUGCCCUCUACCUAGGGGCGGGGCUUCCCCUCUCUUGAAGAUUCACUGUAUAAACCCAAACAUUUUGGUCU